AUGCCUCCUCAACCGCACCUCCAGCCACCACCCGCCCCCGCGCCAGGCUCCGGCCUGAACGUGAUCGCCCUGAUCUCCGGCGGCAAAGACUCGCUAUACUCGCUCCUGCACUGCAUCCGCAACGGCCACAAAGUGGUCGCACUGGCCAACCUUCACCCGGUAGCAGCCAGCAACAAGCAACCAAACCCCACCGCCGAGCCAGCAGUACCAUCAUCAUCAUGCCUCCAGCAAUCCGUCCCCGAAGAAGAGGAACAAGACCUCGACAGCUUCAUGUACCAAACCAUUGGCCACAGCAUCAUCCCACUCUACGAAACCGCCCUGGGCAUUCCCCUGUACCGCCAACCCAUCCACGGCAACGCCGUCGACACCUCGCGCAUCUACCGACUGCAAGCAGAGGACCAGAUGGCGGAUCAUCCACGCCGCCGCAGCAGGAACAGUGCCCACCCCGACGGUGCCAACCACGACAUAAACGACAACGCCGACGACGACGCUACACCACCCGACGAAACCGAGUCCCUCAUCCCGCUCCUGAAGCGCAUCAUGCGCGCCCACCCAGAAGCCAACGCUGUGUCCGCCGGCGCCAUCCUCUCCACCUACCAGCGCACUCGCAUCGAGAACGUCGCCGCCCGUCUCGGCCUCAUCCCCCUCGCCUGGCUGUGGCAGUAUCCUGUGCUACCGGACCCCAGGCCCACCGAUGCCGGGCUACUUGAGGACAUGGCUGCCGCCGGGUGUGAGGCUAGAAUUAUUAAGGUUGCGUCCGGGGGUCUGGAUGAGGGGUUCCUGGGUCGGAUUAUUCGCGGGGCUGUUCUGGGGGAAGGUGGCGAGUAUGAGAGUCUGGCGUUGGAUGGGCCUGCUUGGUUGUGGAAGUUUAGGAUUCAGGUUGUCGGUUGGGAGGCGUGUGUAGGGGAUGGUGGCGUGGGGUUUGUGAGGUUGAAGGGGGCGAGGUGUGUGAGCAAGGAUGUCGUGGAGGGCGAUCUGGGUACUGAUCCCGAGAGUGUGCGGAGGCCUGACUUGUUGGAUGAGGGAUUUGAGGUGGUUUUGAAGUCUGUGCUUGGUGAUGAGGGUGGAUUGGGCGCUACGGGGGAUGAGGUGCUGAGGUUGGAGGAUGAGGGCGCGAGCGCCUGGGCUGGUGGGCUUGAGGCUGUUCAGACUACGGAUGGUAGCACCUGGGUCAUUGCUAAUAUGAAGGCCAUUGCCGAGAAGAUCCAGACGAUUCUGCGCUCGUCGGGCCGCGAGGAUUCUCGAACGACGGCUGAUAUUGUCUUCACUACGGUGCUGCUUCGCUCGAUGUCCGACUUCCCCCUGAUGAACUCUAUCUACGUGUCGAUGUUCAAGAAGCCGAACCCCCCGGCGAGAGCUACGGUGGCCUGUGGUGAAAGCCUGCCAAAAGGCGUGAAUAUCAUGGUGUCGGCGGUGGGUCUGCAUGUCCAGUCUCGUUCUUACUGGGCUCCCGCCAACAUCGGGCCGUAUUCGCAGGCCAUGUCGGUCCCUCUCCAGGGUCCCGAGCACUUGCCCGCCUCGAUGGAGAUCUAUGGCCUCGAGCAGACGUGGUUCAAGGGUUUUCCUUCGCGAGCUGUGUUGUCACUCCAACAUCUAUGGAGAAUCGGUGUGGCUAUGCAGGUGGAUUGGUGGUUGGGUGCGGUUGCUUUUCUGACCGGAGCGGAUCACAUUGCACAGAGAGCCAAGAUAGCUUGGGACCUGUGGGAGACGAUGCAUCGCAAUCAGCAAGAGGAAGAGGACGCCGACGAUGAGUCGGCGUUAGAUGCGUGGGACCUCAAGUACGGUGGACGAGCCCACGAGCAGGUCAAGGGUGCCGCUAAACCUGAGAUACCUCGGUUCGAGGUGGUCGAGUCGGACGGAGCUACGGUUCCUGCCUUCUUCGCUGUGCAGGUGGAGGAAUUGCCCCGAGGGAGUGAUAUUGAAUGGCAAGGUCUUGGUUUCCGAUGCGACAAAGUCGCAUUAACCACCGAGGAGACAGACCAUGGACGCCAGACCGUGGUGACCACUGGUCAAAAUCUUGGCUACAUCGGCAUAGAGGUGGAUGCGAAAUGGGCGGGGCCUGGCUUGGAGUCGUGUCUCCGGCCGAUACUGCAGGAAUUCACGCAAGGAUCCAAGAGCCCUCAUGUAGUCAUCUAUACGACACAGUCAUUGUCCCAUGAUCCAUUCUGGGGUCAGAUCGUUCCCUGCAAAUCGGUUUGGGGUUCGAAGGGCCGGCAGUUGGCCGCGGGGAGCCAGGAGGAAGACGGAUUACUUCCUAACAGGGAUCCUGCGUCUGAUCCGGAGGCUCUCAAUAAUCUCCGACAAUUCUCCCGAUCCCCCCAUCCGUACAUCCGCCCGGGCUCGCAUUGUCCCUCGUCACUGCCUGUGGAUCCCGGCGACCGAGCGAAGACUCCCCGCUGGCCGCGGACGUCAAGUGAUAGCGGCACAGAAGCAGACGAUGAGAGCACAGGGGUCCUGAGAGGCUUGCCGGCGCCACCGCUGCGACCGCGAAAGGGACUGCGCUCGACUGCAGCCGAGAUCGACCUGUGGCUUCCGGCCUUGCGCCCGUGGCCGUCGAUAACACGGUCCACUUCGCGGAGCUCGCGACGGAGCUCGGGCGAUGAUGCGGAGGUUGGGGCCGCCGAGCUACGAGAUCAGGUGUACCAUCGGAAACGAGUAGCCAUCUUACAGAGGUUGCUGGAAACUGCAUUGCUGCUCUCUGUAGGUGUCGUCGUCCUGGGACAGGAGAGUGCGAGAGCGGCCGUCUCGGCCUGGAGGAAAGAACUUCUCAGCUUCUUUCUCAUCGUGAUCGCUCUCUACGCCUCCUAUCCUCUGCACCGAGAUGGCCGCCUGCGAUUCUCCCGAUUGUUCACCUUUGUCGUUCCUUCCGCAUUUGAUCCCGCUCCGUUGCUUUAUCCCGUAUUGAUACCCGUUUACGUUUCGCUGUCGUUGGCGCUUCACGAUCCUGCCUUGAUACUGCCUAAUAUCCUUCUCAGUCUUUCGUCGCUCCCUGCCCAGGUUGUUCCGCUGCGCGAAUGGGUCCACGGUUAUAGUGUUGUCCAUUGGCUGGUGACUUUAAUUCCUAUUGUCGUUUCAGAGCAUCUGUCGGCAGGCCCUUCAUACCCCAAACCACUCACCCUUCGCGGCCUCGAUGCGGAAGGUUUGACUCUUGUUUUCCCUUUCCAUCAAGCGUUGAUACCCACCCUAGAUUUUCUAUUGACUACCAGCAUCCUUCCCGCAGAGUUGCAGCUUUUAACCACCGCUCUAAUCAAUCUCUACCUAUUUGCGAAAUCACCUCAGGCGGAAAUCCUCAAGGCGUUACUAUGGCUGGGUGGCAUGUGCACGUUCAUUGCUUGCCGGGGGGUGCUGCGUUGGGAAGUUGCCCUGGCUCGGAUCCCAACCUGGAAGUUCCGACGCUCCCCUAGUGCUUCGCAGUCACCUCGCGACAUUUUUAAUGUGAUCGACCACAAGCUCUGCCAAAAGCUGAGCAGAGCAGGUUCCUCGGAAGAUAACUUCUCCGACAGUGACUCGGCCGAUGGACACUUUGUGCUGGUCUCGCGCAGGACGAUGUUCGACUCGCGAGAGAAGGCGCUUUCCCCAGGGCUAAGCGUCGCUAAGCAAAAUGUGACCAUGGAGGGUGCCCGCCGGCGAUCCCGUACUACGCAUCGUCGGCGACAUACCUUUUCUAGCUUCGACGAUGUCAAACGGGCGGAGAAGGUCAGAACUACGCCGGGUGGCCGGAAAAAGCGCUCGAUGGCCCCCGGGCUUGCCUCCUUCCUGUCACUCACUGUACCCCAGGCUCAGGUCCGGAAGUGGCUGUAUGCCCUGUAUGUCUACCUUGCUGUACUGGCCAUUAUCAUGGGCCCCAUUCGACACUAUGUCAGUGACCGAGCAGUGCAGCAGCGGGAGCCGUUUGGGUGGGCGUUAGGAUACCUCUUUGGUAAUAUAUCCGGCUUCAGGUUCUGGGUGCUUAUGUGGGGCUUGGAGUAUUGGAUCCCUCUCCCGGCUCGUCUGGAUGGUGACCUAUUGAAUACAUCCUGUGCCCUCGGCUGGGUUGAACAUCUUCGGCAAGAUACAUUCGGGGAGGCUAAUUCGCGCCUUCUGAUUGCCGCCUACUGCAUCCUGGUACUUGUGACCGGUCUGGCUGUUGUGUUACAACUCAGUCCAAUCGCAGAGGUCGACACCCGACGCAAGGUCUUUCAUGGGAUGAUGGUUAUGAUGUUCCUCCCGACCAUUUACAUUGACCCUCUAUUCUGUGCCCUCGCGUUGAGCCUCGCCUUGGCUAUUUUCCUGCUUCUCGACUUGUUCCGAGCCUCUCAGCUGCCGCCGAUUUCCCGGCCACUGACGUAUUUCCUCGCGCCCUACGUGGAUGGUCGCGACCAUCGCGGUCCAGUCAUUGUCUCUCAUAUCUUCCUUCUCAUCGGAUGCUCUAUUCCCUUGUGGCUCUCUCUAGCCGACGUGCCUCGGACAGGGAACUCUCCAUGGGUGGGGUGGGAUGUAUCAUCCCGCGACGUCAGCAUGGUGAGCGGUAUCAUCUGCGUCGGCAUGGGAGACGCGGCGGCUUCCCUUAUCGGUCGCCGGUUCGGCCGGCGAAAAUGGUUCUGGGGCGGGGGGAAGUCGUUGGAGGGCAGCGUGGCCUUUGCAGUUGCUGUAACCAGCGGGUUGAUCGUUGCACGAACCUGGCUUACUCUGGGCCAAUGGUCCACAGACGGAAGUAACGGAGCGAAUCCCAUAUACCCCUGGCUGCUCAUGGCGUUCAAAGCCAUUCUCGCUGCGGGCGGGACUAGCGCGACCGAAGCUAUUCUGACCGGGUGCAAUGACAAUGUCGUUGUGCCGGUUGUGCUGUGGCUGUUAGUGAGAGGGCUUGGCAUUUGA